GGUCCUUAGCACACGGACUUGUUUACUACACGUCACCAGGAAAUACAUCCCGGAGAAUCAACAUGCUAAGACAGGACUCCCAAGACGCUCCGCUUUUUGGUGAAGAUGACGGUAACACGUUGGUUAGAAAGUCCAACAUAAGACAUCCGGUGGUCUCCUUCUUUCAUCUCUUCUUCCGAACAAGUGCCAUCUUGGUUUACUUACUGUGUGACAUGUUCAGCAGUCGGUUCAUUGCCUGUAUGGUCACCAUCAUCCUCCUGCUGUCAUGUGACUUCUGGACCGUCAAGAAUGUAUCUGGCAGAUUGUUGGUGGGCCUGCGGUGGUGGAAUCAAGUGGAUGAAGAUGGAAAGAGCCACUGGGUAUUUGAGUCACGGAAGACACAAAGUCUGAACACAACAAGCGGUGCUGAGUCACGGAUCUUCUGGCUCGGACUCAUCGUGUGCCCUCUCUUUUGGAUCGUUUUCGUUUUCAGCACCAUUUUCUCUCUCAAGAUUAAAUGGCUGGCUGUAGUAAUCAUGGGCUUGGUUUUACAAGGGGCCAACCUGUACGGCUAUGUCAGAUGCAAGGUGGGCGGGAAGUCCAACCUGAGAAACAUGGCAAAGAACUAUUUCACCGUUGAGAUUUUUAAACAGGCAAUGAAGAAAACCGAGGGACCUUGAAGUUGAACAGAAUGAGUGACAACCCGUCUGCAAAAUGAAGAACGCAUGACUUGAGACUUGAUUCUUGUUGGUCUUUUUUGAGGUUAUAUGGGUUUUUAUAAUUUCUUUCAAGUUUUUGAUAAAUCAGAUUUUGUAUGUGUUGUUUCCUCCAAGUGCAUUGAUCGAUUCAGGAAUAAUUGCCAAACGUUUUCUAAAGAAAUCCAAUAGUUGCUUUUGAGAAUACAUUCAUACAGUAGUUUAUGCAGAGAUCAGAAGUGUUAUAACCUUUAUUGAGGUAAUGUAAUUGUGAAAUUGAAGCACUAGCAUCACUGGCACAAUCCUGAAUAAGCUUUAUUUUAUUUUUAGAGAAGUUAAGAAGAUUGUGUUUAAAUAAUUAUUCCUGAGAGGAUUUGGAACGAAGCAAUACUUUAGGUAUUUGUUAUCUAAAACUGGAUUUUGGAGCUAAAAGUUAUUUAACUGCUAUAUGUUGUUUCAAGAAGCUUUAUUUUGUUAAGGCUGCUAUAUUGUGGUGGAUGAUGGGGAGAAGUUUAUAAAGUGUUUGUACAAACCUUUCUGGGAAACUGUUGUACUUUACAAUACAUACAUAAAUACAUAUUAUACUAAAAAUAUCUCUGGAUGGAAAUGUAAUGAACUAAUGGCUCACUAUUCCUGUCAUCAGGCAUUCAACAAUUCUGUAUGUGUAAUUCUUAAUGAAAGGAAUAGAGGUUAAAAUGUCAACAGGUCCAAGUAGGAAAACCUCAGCAGAUACAAAGUGCAGUGCCCCCUGCAGUGACGGCUUUAACCAGUAGGUGGCAACAAAGUGCCAUUUCCUCUAUCUUUACUUUGCAUUUAACAUAUUUGUAUAGAAAGGCAUUAUACUACAACCACUUUAUUCCAAUACAAAUUAAUGCCACACACAGUGGCGACUGGUCAUUAGGGGCACAGCCCCACCUAGUGUCAGCAGAAAGUAUUACAAAUAAUGAUUA